UCUGCCCAGAAAACCAAACUGCAGAGAGAGAGAGAGGGAGAGAGAGAGAGAGAGAGAGAGAGAGAGAGAAUUCUGGAGUUUUGGAGUUCCUCUGUCCAUCAUAGCUAGAUAGAUGGGGAGGAGUCCUUGUUGUGCAAAAGAGGGGUUAAAUAGAGGAGCAUGGACAGCUAUGGAGGACAGAAUUCUUAGAGAGUAUAUAACAACUCAUGGUGAAGGCAAAUGGAGAAACCUUCCCAAAAGAGCAGGGCUUAAGAGAUGUGGAAAGAGUUGCAGAUUACGAUGGUUGAACUAUCUAAGACCUGAUAUCAAGAGAGGAAACAUCACUCGGGAUGAAGAAGAGCUCAUUAUCCGGCUUCAUAAGCUCUUGGGAAACAGAUGGUCUUUGAUAGCGGGAAGGCUUCCUGGCCGAACAGACAAUGAAAUCAAGAAUUACUGGAACACAAAUAUUGGGAAGAAAGUUCAAGAUCACUCAUCCACUAAUUCUGAAGCCAAUAUUACUCACCGCAAACCACCAAAUCAUCAAACCCAGCAAAAGAACACAAACGUCGUCCGUACCAAGGCAUCAAGGUGCACCAAAGUGUUCAUUCCCCACCUGUCACAAAUGGAUGAAGAGACUAAUCCUACUGUUCAACAAGUUGCUGCACCUUUCUUGAAUCAUGACUAUUAUGACCAGGUCAACAAUAAUGAUGAUCCACCGCUGGGGAUGAUGGGGACUGGUACUGAUCACCAACCAGCUGAUGAUUUGCCCCCAUUCCUUAAUUUGGAGAUUGAUGAUGAAAACAGUAAUUCUUGCGGGUUUAUGGUAGAUUUUAAGAUGGACGAGAGCUUUCUGUCGGAGUUUCUCAACGUCGAUUUUUCUCAGCUCUACAGUAGUACUAGUACUGCUAAUGGAGGAGAUGGUGUUAAAGCUGCUAUUAGUUCCAGUUGUGGAGACGAUAAUCAUCAUAAGCUGCAUGGCCCAGAUUUCCAAUCAUCCAUGGCUCCUAUCCUCGACUCUGAAUUGGACUGGCUCUCAUAAUCGAGUAGAUAUACUCGCAGCUAAUUAGUAUAAUGUAUAUAUAUCAGCUAGAAAUUAGUUUCUUCCACAUAACCUUAUCAGUCGCAAAAUGCAAUGUUAACUAUAAUGGACAUCCGCAUUGCACACAUUACAAAAAUAAUGCAUGCAUGUCGAUUGGUCGAUUGAUCAGUGUCAAUUUAACAUGUCGAUCCGCACUUCGUUUUC